AUGAAAUGGGCCCAGAAGCAGGUGGAACCGCGUGCUUUUAAACCUCCACAUGUCCAUUUGAAGGAGACAAAUGACGAAAGAAGGUUGCUUAUAAAAAAAGUAGAACAAAUAUUGGACGACAUUAACAAACGAGCAGAAAGUGGAGAUACACCGAAACUUGUGAUUCGGAAUCAGAAGUUAUGGAGCAAUUGUGUUUAUGAUUUAGACAGAGAGUUGUUCUACCAGAACGUCAUGAGGCUUCGUAACCAGUGUAAUUUGGACCUGGCAGUGAGGGAUGUGUGCUGCUUGCUUGAGACUCCGCCCUGGACUCUUGGUAUAGUGGCCACGGCUAAAGGUCUCAUCGCUGGACCCCUUACAUUACAUCUCAGAGACGGCAGCGUAGUUGAUUGUAUGGCACCUGGGGGCGUACUAAUACCACAAGACAUCGUGGGGAUCAAAGAAAUACAGUCCACAGCUAAAUACAUUCUGGUGGUGGAAAAAGAUGCCAUAUUUCAAAAACUGCUGGACGAAGGAGCAUUGCUUCGAUUGGGACCCGUAAUCAUUAUAACGAGCCAAUCCCACCUCUCAUCAUCUUUAGCCUGUAGUUCCCUUGUAAUGUUGGGAGCUCGGCACAGUGACGUAAUGACCUUGGCUCCUACCGAAGCUAGGCUGCCACUUACUGAUUUGGACAAGAGGAAAAUUACGAACCUACUUAAAAGACCGUAUUUAAAUAAUAGUCAAGCUGCCAUGGAAAAUAAUGGCGAACAACCUAACGAUAAGAAGUUGGUCAAUAAAGCGAGAUCUUGCAAUAACGCGUCGCCUACAAAACUUAAGGGUGAGCCAGCAAAAUGGAAGUCAUUUAACGUGAACGAAGCGGUGAGGUCUUUAGAUUUGGCGUUGGGUAGGCUGAAGAAGAGCAAGCUGGUGAACGGUGACUUUGCGUCGAGCCGGGGAAUGAAUCCGGCGGCGCAGGGCGCCUCCGACAUGUUCAUGGACAUAUGCACCAGCUCCACAUUCCGUUCCGUUCCGGGCACGGAGAACGCAUCGCUGAUGUCCAUGAACUUCUCGCACUACGAGCUGAUGCGCAACGUGUCGCGCUGCAACUGCAACUCGGACGAAGCGUUCAGUGACACGACGUGCAGCUCGCGCCUCAGCCCCGCCGACCUCAACUUGAAGGACGAGCACCUCGAGCGCUACUUCCGCUCCGUCGAGAUGUGGUCCCACAACUACCGCAACGCUGGCAGCAGCAUGAAUCUAGACUUAUCAGAUAAGUAG